AUGUCUAAUUCGCCCACUCUUUUUCGUCAACGUAAUUUCCAAUGGUACUGGAGUCUAGCUGCCGAUGGUAAUGAGCAACAGCAGAUGUACAGUGAUAUUGAAAAUGAUAUAAUUGAAGAAGCCUACAAUAAAAAGCAGAUAGAAGUAGAAAUCGAUGGAGAUUAUAUAAUCGACUUAGAACGUCUAGUUCAAUAUAAGAAAGGUGAGUGUCACAAACAAUUCACUAUAAAAAGAAUUCAGCUGGAAAAAGAUCGUUCGACUAAUCAUUUUCGAAUAGAACGAUUUGGAUCACCCGUAAAUCUCGUUUUAUCAUCAUCGUCAUCAUCAUCAAUUAGUGAAGGACAAAACAGUGAUAUCUUGUUCCAUGCACUGAUGAAAAUAGGUGACUUUCCGAGAGCUUACUUUUGUAAAGAAAUAAGUAAAACGGGUAAGAUGAUUGCUGAUGUCAUUAAAGCUGCUGCAGAAGGAAUUGUCAAACAAGGAGUAAUACUUCGUCGUAUGCGUGAUGCUGAAUCGCUAUCUCAACAAUUACUAGCAGUCGAACAUUUUGGUGCCAACAUUGUAGCAGAUAUCGAUACUAUGCUACCAAUGGAAAUUGGUAACAUAUUAGUUAAUAUGUACACGAGAGAAACGUUUUGGUACAAACUAAUUAAUAGAAUAAUGCGUGACCUGAAUGCAAUUAACAUUGAAGAAAUGAGAUCAAUAGGGCCUUUCUGCUAUCUACUUCGAUGUUAUCUGAGCCAGAUUCGGUUUCAGCCAAGAGGUAGUCAUUUACUUUAUCGUGGCCUAAAUCUAGAAGACAAACAAAUUCAAGAAAUCAUACAAUCAAAUGAACUUAUAAAGUGUUUAUCUUUCACAUCAACCUCUACAAAUCGUAAGCUGGCCGAAUUGUUAGGUAAUACACUACUGAUUAUUGAACUAGAUGUAGAUGAAAGCGGAUUUGUUUCCGAAAUGGUUGAUUGUAGUUCCAGUAUCUCUGAUAUAUCUGCAAUUCCAGAUGAAGAUGAAUUUUUGAUUCGACCACCAGCAGCUCUUUAUUUUAUUAAGAGAGCUUGGAAUACAAAUCCAUCGGGUGCGACGGCUUCAAUUUUAAUUCAUCAACGAUUUUCAUGGCGUCGUGACUAUUGGGGAACAUCAAGCGUCUGUACGAAUCAGACGAUUGCCCAACAAUGGCUUGUUGGCUCAGGCACGGGCUCGUUAACUUGCGUUGCUGGCGGUAAUUGUGCAUCACUCUCUUCGAUCAACGCUGAUGUAAAAUGUACCGACUACAGUGCCUUAGCUAAUUGUGCAUCAGGUGAACGAUACGACAACCGAACCCUUGCAAUUAAUCGUACAUAUAUUGUUACGUUCACGAGUUCUGCAUGGAUGUUGCUAGCAAUUGGAGGAAACAGUUAUUAG